GUUUAGCCAGAAUGCUAUGAUCGUUGAGAAGAUAAACUUUAGUUCUAUCUGGACGAUCACAGCGAUCUUAUGAAAGCUCGUAAGGACCACUCAACGUUUCCUAUAGCAAGCGUAGCCAUCAUAUGGAAACCAGCCUUUACAGGCUUAGGUCUACAUGGGCAAGAAAGAAGCGAAUGUCACACAGGCUACGGAGAUGUCACAGAUCCAUCAAGAUCUGUGAUAGAUCGAUCGAUAUUUCGCUGGUGGCCCUCGUUCUCUCAGUAAUUGCAGGUACAGGAUAAAGACAGAAUGAGAGGGACAAAUGGGACCCGAGAAUCCAUGAGACAUUAACUGUCAUUAAUUGUUUCAUCAGUUGACAAAUUUGGAAAACGAAAUCAAUCUGCCUUCCACACAAUGACAGACUCGCUGAAAGCUGAACUAACCACUAAAUGGUUAAAACUGAAAGCCAAAAACGCUGUACUAUAAAAAAAGAAAACCAAACCCUAAAAGUGGACGACCCUGUUUGGCAGAAACUGAAGACUAUAACAACAAAAUAGCCAAUUUGGCAAAAACUGAAAGCUGAAAAUGCCAUGACGAAAACUUGAAACCAAACGUUGAAGCUGAACAAGCCUGUUUGUCAAAAACUGAGGACCAUUAACUUGGCUACUUCGGCACUAAAAUGCCAACAUUUCACAAUAGGUCAAAAACCUGAAAGCUAAAACGCUAUGCAAAAAACUAAAGCCAAACCUUGAAGCUGAAUCAGCCUAUAUUCUAAACCGUCAAAGUAAAUCUAAUGUUGUAAAAUGCCAAAAGUUGAAAGCGGAGAUGACACCAAGAACUAUAUCCUCUAUAAAUAACAGUUACCGCUUGCAAAAUAAUUUACUCCGGCUAUCGAUCAAGUCCCAGGUCAAAGGAUAUUUCUCGAUAUUUUCAGACAUGAACUUGUUUACGACUAUUAUGCCAUGCUUACUGAUUUUGCCGCUGAUUGUCUGUGCCGCGGACAACUCCAGCAACGGUAAACCAAGUGACGACAAAGGCAGUAAAACAACCUUCCCAUGUGGACCUUCUGGUUAUGGUGCCAGUGCUUGCUUUUGCGCGCCAGGAAUCCCAGGUAUCCCUGGGAGCCCUGGUCCCGCGGGACCAGGAGGUGUUGCGGGAUCGCCCGGCCCGCAAGGACCAAAGGGGCCGCGAGGAGACCAAGGCUACGAUGGCAAACAAGGAAGCCAAGGGCCCCCGGGCCCAGCGGGCCCACCAGGAGCCAAAGGCGACGCGGGCGAUAAAGACCCUCAGGAACCUCCAGGCACUUUGGGGAGUAACUGGAAACAGUGCGUUUGGAAAAAUAUCAAAGACGGAAAGGACACUGGAUUGAUCAAGGAAUGUGGUUUCAACAAAAUGUCGGACAAAACUGGCCUGCGCGUCUUUUGGAAUGGUGUUCUUCGCCUCUAUAACUGCCAUGCCUGCUGCAGGCGAUGGUAUUUCACCUUCGAUGAUGACGAGUGCUCUUCGCCAGCAGCGAUUGAUGGCGUGGUUUACCUGAAUCGUGGAGAAGGAGGCGCCAAAAAUUUGCACCGUGUACGACAAAUUGAAGGAGUGUGUGAAAAAGUCCACAAGGGUGCUGUGCGUGUAGGAUUCUGGGUCGGUAACCGUGUUGGUUACGGUUCUGCUGAUGACAACACAGGUUGGAACUCGGUGUCCCGGAUUUACGUGGAAGAAGUACCACCCCCACAGGCUUAAAAUCUGCUGAAAGAGACGACGAAAAAACUUCAAUUUCCGUUUUGCUGAAAGUUAAGAUUAGAUCGUCACUUUGAAGUUAAAGAUAAGCAAAAUAAACAUUAAGGGAUUUAAUGUCACUAUUGUUAUUGCAUAACAUGUAAAAAAAAGUGACGACUUAAGCUGCAGCUGAUGAUGUAAAGAUAAAAGUAUGCAAAUAAUUGGUUUGGAGAUUAAAUGGGGCACAGGAUUGGUUCUUAUUUUUUGGGGGGUUCUCACUUACUUACUUUACUCAUUUAAAGUUCACCACUUCUCGUUCCAUUUCUAAUUAGCUAAAGGCGUUAUCUUUGAAUUCAAGUUGAGAUGCGAUAACUUGAACGGUAUAUAAACAUAGCCAUGCAAUACGUAUUUACAGUUUAGCGGACAAUUUUGUUACGUUACUGUAGUUUAAAUAGCUGCAUUUCUGCAAUAUUGUGACUCCAGGAAAUAACCACACAUAUUUCCCUACCCACCAUGCCUUAAACACAGUCAGGAAGGUCAUGUCUCCUUAUACAGUGUAAAUGAUUCUUUUGCGGAACUUAGUCCUCUUCUGCACUUUAUGUCCAUUUACCACACAAGGGACCACUGGAUUGGAUCAGUUCGUUUACUUCUGAUCAACUUCUGAAAUGAACUUACAAUUUGUAUUAGCAGCAGCCGAAAUUAUUUUUCGAGUGUUUUUCAGCGAUAACAUGUGGAAGCCUUACAGUGAAUUUAAUAGGAGUAUGCAAAACUCAUUUGAAUACAAAUGGUGAAUGAAAUUAUGUCAGGAGCUCCUGGAUAUGCUCCUGAUUAUGUGUAUAAUAACAUACAUGAAAAAAUUACUCGAUUCUGAUUGGCUGAGAACAGUGCAGUUCAAGUGUAAC